CAACACCAAUGCACACGCUUACAUCUAGCUUUACAACAAAAGCUGACCCCCACCUCUCCCAAAACACACAAAAUUUUUUAAAGCUCUCUUUGAAUUGAGUUGCUGAAACUUCUUCUGAAAAGAGAAAAGAGGGCAUCAAAAUCAAUGGCUGUCAUGAUGGUCAUUCUUGGCAUGGCUUUUGGGCUCUGCAUUCUCAGUAUUGCUCUGUUGAAAUGGAAUGAAGUGAGGUAUAGGAAGAAAGGUUUGCCUCCUGGUACAAUGGGUUGGCCUGUUUUUGGUGAAACUACAGAGUUUCUGAAGCAAGGCCCUGGAUUCAUGAAGAAUCAGAGAUCAAGAUAUGGCAAUUUCUUCAAAUCCCACAUUCUGGGCUGUCCUACCAUUGUAUCAAUGGAUCCAGAAGUGAACAGAUACAUAUUGGUGAAUGAAGCUAAAGGGCUUGUCCCUGGUUAUCCUCAGUCUAUGUUGGACAUUUUAGGGAAAAGCAACAUUGCUGCUGUUCAUGGUUCUGCUCAUAAGUACAUGAGAGGUGCAUUGCUUUCUCUCAUCAGUCCCACCAUGAUCAGGGAGCAACUUUUGCCUAAAAUUGAUGAAUUCAUGAGAUCCCACCUCAGCAAUUGGGGUAACACAGUGAUUGACAUUCAAGAAAAGACUAAAGAGAUGGCAUUUCUAUCUUCUCUGAAGCAGAUUGCAGGCUCUGAAUCAGCUGCCAUAGCUAAAGAGUUCAUGCCAGAAUUCUUUAAGCUUGUAGUAGGAACUCUUUCAUUGCCUAUCAAUCUUCCCAAUACAAAUUACCAUCGUGGUUUUCAGGCUAGGAAAAAUAUUGUUACCUUGCUGAGGAAACUUAUUGAUGAGAGAAGAGCAUCUGGAGAAACUAAGGAUGAUAUGCUUGGUUUUCUGAUGAAUACUGAGGAGAACAAGUACAAAUUGACAGAUGAGGAGAUGAUUGAUUUGAUUAUUACAAUUUUGUAUUCUGGGUACGAGACUGUUUCGACUACUUCUAUGAUGGCUGUCAAAUACCUUCAUGACCAUCCAAAAGCUCUAGAAGAAGUGAUGAAAGAGCAUAUGGCAAUUCGGGAAAGGAAAAAGAAUCCAGAUGAUCCAAUUGAUAUUGAAGACUACAAAUCAAUGCGGUUUACACGUGCUGUAAGUUGGUCCAAAUCCAAAUCCCCAACUGCUUCACUCAGCCUUAAAAUUAAUAAGAUGAUGAUGAAUAAUUGCUCAGUAUAUCUGUUAAACUAAUUAUGAAUAAUUGUUCAUGAUUCUUCUUCAGGUGAUUUUUGAGACAUCAAGAUUAGCCACUAUUGUUAAUGGGGUAUUGAGGAAAACAACUAAAGACAUGCAACUCAAUGGUGAGUCUCUCCAGCCUGGAUGCAUAUAUAACUGUCUUAACACCUAAGUAGGGGAAACCUGAUAUAAUAAUAGUACACCUUUCUCCCUAAAAAAAAGAAAGUCGCGUUUUAUUGUACCGUUUUAGUUAAACAAAAAUAUAACGCUUUUAUGAAAGGAGAGAGUAUGAUUGAACCAUCAUGCAUAACAUGCAGGGGAUUACAAGAGCCACUUUUAUAUUACAUUCUUUUUCUUUCUUUUUUAUUCAGAAGAUAUAUAUAUAGUAGAGUAUUGUUCUAAAGUAUAGUGUACAAUUUAAUUGGCUAACUGUACAAGAUCAUAAGGUCCCUACCCUAUCAUAAUCCACAUGGUGUACCAACCAUUCCAGCUGAGACAUUCCAAUUCAUGGCCUAUCUUUUGUCCAACUUCUGAAUUAUUUUAUUCAACUUUGAUAAGAGAGGAAGUAGAAGUAGAAGAAGAAGAGGGCAACUAAGUUUAGCUCACCAGACAGAGAGCACAUUACAUAACAUCUUUGCAAAACAUUCCACUCAUAAAGACCAUACACAACACAAAAGUGAAAAGCUUUUUAAGGACCAUUUUAUUUCUCUUUUAGCAAUGAUUGAAUAUGAUGAAACUCUUUUAAGCUUACUUAAACUACCCUUUUAGUCAAAUUAGCUACUUACCAUUUAUUUGAUUUUUACUGUAUUUUUCAGGGUUUACUAUUCCAGAAGGGUGGAGAAUAUAUGUGUAUACCAGAGAGAUUAAUUAUGAUCCUGUCUUGUACCCUGAUCCAUUGACCUUUAAUCCAUGGAGAUGGAUGGUCCGUAAUCUUUUUUCGAAUUCUUGUUUUGAGUCACCAAUUACUGAGAGAAGUGUUUUAAGUUUUUGGCUAACAAAAUGUGUGUUUGCUUGGUACAGGAUAAAAGCCUGGAGAACAAAAACUUCUUUUUGAUAUUUGGAGGAGGAACAAGACAAUGUCCUGGAAAAGAACUUGGUGUCGCAGAAAUUUCCACUUUUCUACAUUACUUUGUGACCAGAUACAGGUAAAAACUGAUGUUUAAGUUAAUCUCACAUUACAUUAUCUGAAAUGGCAAAACUUUAUGGACUCUUUUAUAAUUGUGAUUAUUGCUACUUGUGCAGCUGGGAAGAAGUAGGGGGAGACAAGCUGAUGAAGUUUCCAAGAGUUGAAGCACCAAAUGGGCUGCACCUUAAGAUAUCAGAUCACUAAAAAAAAAAAAAAAUUAACCAUAACUUUUGUUAGGCUUUUGGAAUCAUGUACAGGCAUAACUGAUAAUGAUAGUUUUUUUGUAGCAAUAUGAUGUUGAGAAAGAAGGGAGGGUGGGGGGUAACAUGGAUGUACAAAUAGACUAUUCUGCUAACUCAGGGACAAAGUGAAACCUGGUUUUUUUUUUUUGGCCGGAUUAUAUAUAUGUUAUGAAAGAGAUGUUCA